AUGUCGGUCAAAAACGCGCAUGACCCCUUCGCCACGCCUCUCGAGACAAUCCACCACGAUCCUCUCGCAGAGACCGCUGGCCUCAAGGCCGACUACGACAAGCGUGCCUACGGCGAAGCAAACCCGGGCCUCGUCGGCACGCUCGAAAAGGAUGACAUCGCCAACCGUCCCAUCGAUGCCGUCGAAGAGGUGCCUACCACCAGCGUCCGCAAGUGGUGGGUGCGCCUCACCUGGUUCACCACCUGGUGGAUCCCUUCCUUUGCGCUCGCAAAGUGCGGCGGCAUGAAGCGUCCCGACGUCCAGAUGGCCUGGCGCGAAAAGUUCACCAUCUGCGCCAUCAUCUUUUGGCUCUGCGCCAUCAUCCUCUUCUACAUCAUCGGCUUCGGCCGUCUCCUCUGCCCAGACUACGACAAGGCGUGGAACGAGAGCCAGCUCAGCCAGCACGCGGGUCAGGACGACUACUACGCCGCCAUCCGCGGCACCGUCUACGACUUUACCAAGUUCUACAAGGGCGACCACUCGGACAUCACCAACCUCCAGACCAGCUCCGACCUCAUGCUCCAGCUCGCAGGCCAGGACCUCACCGAAUACUUCCCCGUGCCCCUCACCGUAGGCUGCCAGUCGCUCGUCUCCGACACCUCGCUCGCCCUCCAGCCCACCGCCAACAACACCCCCGCCAUCUCCCAGGCCGUCCACACCUCGGGCCCGCUCCAGUCCGACGCCUCCUCCAAGCUGCACGACAUCCAAUGGUACCCCGAGCGCUUCCUCCCCUUCACCAAGAAGCUCAAAAAGGGCUACUACGUCUACUCCAAAAAGUCGAUCGAGGACCAGGGCCAGUGGAGGAACUGGGCCGUGGUCAACUCCAAGGUCUACGACAUCUCGGACUACCUCAACACCCUCAACGUCUACCAGACCAACGCCGCCUACGACUUUCUCGACUCCUCGCUCGUCGCCCUCUUCAAGAGCCAGGCGGGCCAGGACAUCACCGCCGACUUUACCGAGGUCAUGGCCGGCUUCAACACCACCUACCGCGGCGCCACCCAAGCCUGCCUCGACAACGUAUUCUACGUCGGCAAGACCGACUUCCGCAACACGGCGCGCUGCGAAGUGCAGAACUACCUCUUGCUUGGCUUCUCGGUGCUCCUCGUCGCCACGGUGCUCGCCAAGUUCAUCGCCGCGCUCCAGCUCGGCACCAAGCGCACGCCCGAGCAGCAGGACAAGUUUGUCAUCUGCCAGGUGCCUUGCUACACCGAAUCCGAAGAAGAGCUGCGCAAGACCAUCGACUCGCUCGCCGGCCUCGAGUACGACGACAAGCGCAAGCUCCUCUUCCUCAUCUGCGACGGCAUGAUCGUCGGCAGCGGCAACGACCGUUCCACGCCGCGCAUCGUGCUCGACAUCCUCGGCGUCGAUCCCAAGAUCGACCCCGAGCCGCUCAUGUUCAAGUCCGUCGCCGAAGGUUCCAAGCAGCUCAACUACGCCAAGGUCUACUCGGGUCUCUACGAGUUCGAAGGCCACGUGGUCCCUUACAUUGUCGUCGUCAAGGUGGGCCGUCCCAGCGAGCGCUCGCGUCCCGGCAACCGCGGCAAGCGCGACUCGCAGAUCCUGCUCAUGCGCUACCUCAACCGCGUCCACUUUGACGCGCCCAUGUUCCCGCUCGAGCUCGAAAUGUACCACCAGAUGAAGAACGUCAUCGGCAUCGACCCCGCCUUUUACGAGUACAUCCUCAUGGUCGACGCCGAUACGCGCGUCGAGGCCGACGGUCUGAAUCGUCUCGUGGCCAACUGCGCCGACGACUCGCGCAUCAUCGCCAUCUGCGGCGAGACCACGCUGGACAAUGCCGAGGGCUCGUGGUGGACCAUGAUCCAGGUGUACGAGUACUACAUUUCGCACCACCUCGCCAAGGCGUUCGAAUCGCUGUUUGGCAGCGUGACGUGUCUGCCCGGUUGUUUCUCGCUCUACCGCAUCCGCAGCUCGGACAAGGGCCGACCGCUGUUCAUCUCGAACCGCAUCAUCGACGACUACUCGGAGAACCGCGUGGACACGCUGCACAAGAAGAAUCUGCUGCAUCUGGGCGAGGAUCGAUACCUGACGACGCUGGUGCUCAAGAACUUCCCCGCCUUCCGCACCAAGUUUGUGGCGGACGCCAAGGCGCUGACGAGCGCGCCCGAGCGAUUCGGAGUGCUGCUGUCGCAGCGUCGACGAUGGAUCAACUCGACGGUGCACAACCUGGCCGAGCUGGUGCUCAUGCCGGAGCUGUGCGGAUUCUGCCUGUUCUCGAUGCGCUUCAUCGUGUUCAUCGAUCUGCUGGGCACGGUGAUCCUGCCGGCGACGGCGGUGUAUCUGGUGUACCUGAUCAUCACGGUGGCGACGCGCACGGCGGCCAUCCCGUACAUCUCGAUUGCGAUGAUUGCGGCGGUGUACGGAUUGCAGGCGAUCCUGUUCCUGCUCAAGCGCCAGUGGCAGUACAUUGGAUGGCUGAUCAUCUACAUUCUGGCGUAUCCGCACCAGCAGCAGCAGCACCAGCAGCCGCCGCAGUCGCCGCCGCAGCAGCAGGAUGUGCGACCGGUUUCGACGUACUCGACACUGAACGCGGCGAAUCCGUUUGCGGCGGCGCACGUGCCGCGAGCGCUUGCGGUGAACGAGGCGUCGGACCCGACGGACGAGGAGAUUCGAGCGGCGGUGCAGACGUAUCUGGCGUCGCAGGCGAGUCUGAUGAGCGUGACCAAGCGGUCGGUGCGCGAGGCGCUCGUGGCAGCGUUCCCCAAUGCCGAGCUGUCGUCCAAGAAGCAGAUGAUCAACAAGGCCAUCGACGCCACGCUCUCGGGUGGUGCGCAGGCCUAA